AUGCCCUCGCAUUCCGGCGGUGGAAUGCCUCGGGAGCAGGAGCACGCCAUCAUGGUCUCCGCCCUCAAACAGGUCAUUGGCGGCGGCAUUGCAUUCAAAAGCGGCGGACACUCCGAGCACCACCACUACCAGUUCGACACGUCAGCGGAUGAAGCUGGAACGAUGGUUGUGUUGAUUUCGGACGGCGACACCUGCCAGGUAUGCAAGAUCGACGGCUGUCUCGGCUGCGAUUUCUUUCCGCCAAGCAAUAAGCAGGACAGAGGGAAGAGGGUGAAGAAGGGUAAGUACAGGGGAGUGAGGCAGAGGCCGUGGGGAAAAUGGGCGGCGGAGAUUCGUGACCCACGGAAGGCGGCGAGGGUUUGGCUCGGGACGUUCCAGACGGCGGAGGAGGCGGCGAUGGCUUAUGACAAAGCGGCGGUCGAGUUCCGAGGGGAGAAAGCCAAGCUCAACUUCCCGCUAAGCAGUGAAGCUGGUACUACGUCGUCUACUAGUGCAGCAUUGACAAAACAAAGAAUGGAGACUGACGAGGUCAGUAAUCAAGUCAAUGCAAGGAGUGAGAAGUCUGCGAAUCAGGAAUUACUUUUAUGUCCUGAUGUUAAGGACGAAGAGAUCGACGGUUUCAUCUGGGAGAUGCUGAAAGAUGACGUACUUCGAGGAUGA